AUGGACCAGCACGAAAGCAAUAACAACAACGGUGAGGGUCUCCCCGGCGGAGAAGCCGACGACGCUCUUCAAUCGAUCGACCACCACAAUGAUGACGACAGAAAGAUUUUCAUUGGUGGUUUAGCAAGAGAGACUACGCCUGAUGACUUGAAGGAAUUCUUUUCGCAAUUCGGGAGCAUUGCAGAACACCAGAUCUUGAGGGAUCAUUCUACCAAUCGUUCUCGUGGCUUUGGGUUUGUUACCUUUGAGGAAGAAGAUGCAGUUGAUGAACUUCUUACAAAGGGAAAUCGGCUCGAAUUUGCUGGAACUCAGGUUGAGAUCAAGAAGGCAGAACCAAAGAAGCCUAACCCACCAACUCCUUCGUUUAAACGUUAUGGCGAUUCAAGGUCAACGCCUCGUGGUGGAUAUGGUGAUACCUAUGGUGGACUCGGAGGCCACGCGUAUGGAGGUGGUGGCGGCAGUGCCAAUUUAUACAGAUCAGGUGGCGGUGCAUAUGGAGGCGGCAGGAUGAGUGCUUAUGGUGGAUAUGGCGCUGGUGAAUAUGGUGGCGGAGGAUAUGGAGGAGGGUAUGGCGGUGGCCCUGGUGGUGGUGGCGGCAUAGGAGGUCCUUACAGAGGAGAACCGUCUGUUGGAUAUUCAGGACGUUAUGGCGGCGGCGGAGGAGGAGGAGGAGGAUACAGCAGAGGAGGUUACGAUAUGGGCGGAGGAGGUUAUGGUGCUCCUGCCGACAGCUAUGGCAGUGGGGGUGGUGGUGGGUACAUGGGCGGUGCACCUGGCCCUGCUGGUGGCUAUGGAGCUGGUGGUUAUGAUGCUGGCCUUGGUGGAGGCUAUGGGGGCGGUGGCAGUGCCAGUGGUGGAGGUUCGUUCUAUGGAAGUAGAGGUGGGUAUGGGAGCAGCAGUGGUGGGUAUGGCAGCGGCGGAGCUGGCGCUGUUUCGUUUCGUCUGUCAAGCGAGACCGCAGAACCACAGAUCGACGGGGGGAAUCCGGCGGCAAAACAAUCAGAGGUUGAACAUAAUGGCAAUGGCGUUGUCGUGGAAUCAUCUCAGUGCCUAUCAGAAGGUUUCCCCUCAAUUUCCUUUCACCGUUUCUCAAGAUUGCUCUCUGCGUCUUGUAUUUUCCCGCCGGCGCUCGAUUCUGCUUACUCAAUGCAUCGUCGUCCUGACGUCGGAAACUAUGUCGUCGCGCAGGCACCGUCAUCUCUCCAAGUAGUGUGCAGAAAGAAAGAACGAGAUAGAGGAGGAGAUCAAAUCCAUCCUUACAAAGUCAUCGAGAUCACUCCGCCUCCUAAGAACCUCGGCGUCCGCUGCUUCCCUCCCAACCUGCAGUGUGGGGAGAGUGUGACGAUUGAAGGGCAAACAUACACGAUAUCGUCGGUCACUCAUCGGUACCAGCUCCGGAAGGGGAAGUACGAACCCAGCGAGAAGAGGCUUGAUGUUCUGUCCACAGGGAGAUACAUCUUGAACCUGUAUCUCGAAAAUUUGCUUGAACAAUCUUGACCAGCCGGCUAUCCAUCCAACCUAAUCCUCUUUGACCAUCAUUAUGUUUAGCUCCAAAACCGACUCUCAAGCCUGAAUAUGCCGAUCUCUUAUUUAUCUUCGUGCUGCACAAAGCUCGUGAGGAACUUGUUUAAAGAUUGAACUCUCCCUAAGCAUUGUAAAUCUGCUAGCUUCAUUUGUAUCCAGCAGCAGCUGAGCACCCCGGAGCAAUAUCUCGGCUAUCAGGUCCAUCGUCUGUAAUCCAUAAGACUGUUAAGACUGUACCAUAUCUAUCAUUAGGAUAAUUACGUAGCCGGAUAUCUAUGUAAAUUAGGCCAGUAUCAUGCUCCUGAAGCGUACAUUUUCAAUCAUCUAAAGUAUCUUGUACCGCUCAUAGAAUCUUGUAACGAUAUUUCAAUGUGUUUAGGGUGCUUGCUUUCUCUUACGACUUAAACGCGCAGCUCACUCUCUUGCCCGUCUGAUGUUCUGUGUUGUAGGCAAGGAAGGAGUUAGUAAAGGGCAAGUUUUGGUGGUGAGAGGUCUUGGCUGGCUGGCUGGCUGGCAAUGGAUGAUGGUGGGAUAAUGAGGGUCACGCUCGCUCCACGUGGUCAAAUCUAAGAACAGAGACAUGAACGAAUGGCUGAGAUGGCAGGAGGAUCAGUACACGGAAAUGGAAGGCACCCGUACCGUUUGAUGGGAAAAUGGCGGGAGGGACAUGAAACAACCACCAUAGAUGCUGCUGCCUAACCUCUGCCCUACACUCUACACUUGCUUUGCCCUGAGUGGGUCCAACCUUGAACACGGACCCUGCCUCAUCUUCAUCUCUAUUGAUGUUGAAUAUCGUAAUUGGAUUUGAUGAGAGUAGCAUGGUGGUAUAUUUAGUUAUGUACUUGUUUUAUUUGUUUUGGUUAGAUUGGGUGAUUUGGCCACACGGGGGCUAAUACAGGUCGUGACUCAAUCAAGUUACUAACAAUUUGAUGGUUGUAGGAAGAGAUCUAGAAAAGAGCACUUGCUCGAUAAAAUUUCAAAGGAAAUAGAUAGUUGUAUUGCUGAUGCCUGGUAUAAAAUCAUAUCAUUCAAGAGAU